AUGUCUCGCCACCAAUUCGAUCUUGUUAUGUGCUUCAAACAGCCUGGGACUCAUAUUGGUCGAUUGUGUGAAAAAUGCGAUGGACGUUGUCCUGUAUGCGAUUCCUAUGUUAGACCCAAAAGUAAAGUACGGAUCUGCGAUCAGUGUGCAUUUGGUGCGAACCACAAAAAAUGCAUCAUUUGUGGGCAGCUUGGCACCUCUGAUGCCUACUACUGCUGGGAAUGUUGCAAACUGGAGAAAAAUAAAGAUGGCUGUCCGAAAAUCCUGAACGUGGGAAGUAACAGAACUGACAAGCAUUUCGAGCGUAAGGACCAUGACUGA